ACAUCAGCGGCACGCGUCAUACAUACAAACACAUUCGCGUUCUUCGCGAGAUGACUUGCCAUAUAUACGAAUCUCUACGCCUCUUCGCGUAAGUGUUUCUAACCUUGGGUGUUGAAUUGUGCAAAUAAACGCACAAAAUGGUCCCGUUGCUAUAAAUCUACACCACAGCCACGGGUCGAUCGUGCAGUUCCCGGUCGGCAUUCAGACUGAUAAGUGUUCUCUGACACACGACACCCAAAAUGGACGGCUCAGACGGAUUAGACAUACCCGUGCCGGAGUACAUCAACGAGCAGCUGAUCGUAAAAUCCAUCGCGAAUGGUUCGGGUGUGCGGAAGCCUCAAAUACUCGAAAGUAAGAUAACACGCGCCACGGCUAAUGGUGAUAAUUACAUGAGUGAUGUGUUUCGUAUCGUGGCGAGCUACAUCGAUGGCGAUAAUUCUGAGCACCGGCCGGAACGGCGCAAAAUUUCACUUGUGGUAAAAAGCCUUCCGGACACUGGCCAUCGUGGUCCAAUGAUUGAGCAAUUGCUAGUGUACGAAAAGGAAGCUUCAAUGUUUCGCGAUAUCGUACCGCAGCUAUCAAAGAUGGCCAACGAUACGUUCUUUGCCGCCCGCUGCUUUUAUGCGUCCGAUCUUCCGGAGCGUUUGAUUGUGUUUGAAGAUUUAAAAGCGCUCGGAUACGUGACGGUAAGUCGGCACGCCGGACUAGACUUUGAGCAUUGUGCGUUGGUGAUGAAAAAGAUUGGCCAGUUUCAUGCCGCCUCGAUGCGGUUUGCUGAGAAGGAGCCGGACCUGUUGCGCCGCAAGUUUCAUUUCCACUUGUUCAAUCCGAACAAAAGCGAACCAAUGGAAGAAAUGCGAACCAUCUUUGAGAAGGGACUGGAAGCGUUGAUAGCCGUUGCGAAAACGCAGUGGGAUAAUUUCGAUCAAACGAUUGUGGCAAAAAUGGAAAAGUUAACACCGGUGUAUGUGCAGCGGUUGCGCGAGUGUCUCGAACAGGAGUGUGAAUCGGACGGUGGCUAUCGUGUGCUCAACCACGGUGAUCUGUGGUCUAACAAUAUGAUGUUUCGCUACGACCCAAAUGUGCCGUCGAUCGUGCAGGAUGUAGCGUUCGUUGAUUUGCAGCUUAGUUUCUAUACGAGCCCUGGUUUGGAUCUUAACUAUACACUGGCCACCUGUCCGAACUAUGAAACGCGCUCCCGACUAGAUGAACUGAUCGAGCUGUACUAUGCAUCGUUUAAGGCAACUUUGGAGCAUCUCGAGUACGAUGCUAGACCCAUCCCAACGCUGGAUGACGUGCGGCGUGAGAUAAGACGGAUGGAGUUUUUUGCACUCAUGUCCGUCCUUACCGUGCUGCCGAUACUGCUGAUGGACCAAAUGGACGAGAUGGUGGUUAAUUUUGAAAACCUCAUACAAGGGGAGGAUGCCGAAAAGGCACGCCAAAUCCAGUACAAUGGCAAAAAUUAUCAACGGAUCGUGCGCCCGAUGUUGAUUGAGUUUAAUCGGCGCAACUUGCUCGACAUUUAGACAAUAGCGCGGUUCCGCUUUGUGUGCCGAUUGAUAAGCAAGUCAAAGUGAUACCAGUAUACAAAUGGUUAUUAAUUAAAAUAUAAUGAACCGAAACCUAACUGAUAAGAAAAUUAUGAU